AUGCACAGGACCGGAAAUAAUGUCAAUGCUAGCGCGGCGUUGCUCGUGACCGUACAUAUCCGAGACCUGUUCUCCGCUGCCGCGAGCCAAUCAGACGUUGUGCAUUGCUGUGCGUUCUACUCGCCGCCAUCGCCGUGCCUUCUUCCAAGUCUCAAGCCUGCCGCAGCUUGGGGAGACUCCGACACGGACACCGCCCCUCUCGAAACCUCGGAUGUCUUCGACCUGGAUCAGAGCCCGCCGUCGUCCCCAGCAAUGCAGUUCUCGCUUCUAGCCAUCUCGGACCGGCGAGAUCGUGCCUCCUACGACGCUGGCAUCUGUCUACCACGCCCGGCGGCGGCGCCGGCCAUGCUCGAGCACCUGCUGCCAUCAGGCCCGAGCAUGAGCGCGAGGGCAGGCAAACGCGCGCUGCGGCGCGCGUCUGCUUUGACGUCUGUCGCCACACGUGUGUCCGCGGACUUCGCACUGGGCAGCCCGGACGCAGGCAGCUCGUUCUUCGGCGCGCUAUACGACUCGUACAGCCUCUGGGAACUCGCAAGCGUUUUCUCUGCCAUUGCGUGGCUGCUCGUCUGUCUCGCUGCAUGACACGACUGUGGCUCAUCUCCGC